AUGUCUCCUUUCGCCUUCUUGUUGCUCUGCAUCCAAGCUUGCUUGAUCCAGAAUGCGUACAGCGCAUGCCUUGGAGCCGGACUCGGUCUGGGCUUCGCUGACGGAUGGGCUGGUGAAUGCGGCCGCGGCUAUGGCUUAGCUACCGAAUUCGGAUACGGACCCGGACUUGGUCUUGGUCUUGGCUACGAAACCGGUCUUGGACUUGGCUACGGACUUGCUGGCCCCGCUGCCAUCGCUGGACCAGCUUACGGAGGCACCGGUGUCGGUGACAUUGCCGUCGCUGGCGAGAUGGGAGUUGCCGGUACCACCCUCGUCGCUGGACAGGUGCCAAUCUUGGGUGCCGUCAGAUUCGGAGGUGAGGUGCCAGCUGGCGGUGUCGUCUCCAUCGCCGGCAACUGCGCUGGUGGAUGCGGCUGCAACGGCGCUUACAACGGCGGUUACCUGUACUAA